AUGGAAAGCAAGGAAAUCUCCUCGGUCAAGACCGCAGCUGCAGCCGGCGACGACGUGAAGGCUAAGAGCACAGAUCAUAGCGAUGCUGACUCAACUCGUACUGAUUCGUUCGCGCUAGUCGCUGAGAAACCGAAGCAGACGUGGCGGUCCUAUUUCUGGGAUACGUUUGACAAGUCUCCUGAAGAGAGGCGGUUUCUGUUCAAGCUCGACGCAGUGAUUUUGACUUUCGCUUCGUUGGGGUACUUCAUAAAGUACCUUGACCAGGUGAAUGUCAACAGCGCUUUCGUAUCUGGUAUGCAGGAAGACCUUGGUCUAUAUGGUAACCAGCUCAACUACAUGGUUACAUGUUGGACGGUUGGAUAUGUUAUUGGUGAAAUCCCUAGUAAUAUGCUUCUUACCAAAGUUCGACCGUCAAUAUUCAUCCCAGCUUGCGAGGUGGUGUGGUCAGUCCUGACUAUCCUCCUCUCAAAAUGUCGUACCGCGGAGCAGAUAUACGUCUUACGAUUUUUCAUUGGACUCGCCGAAAGUAGCUUUUAUCCAGGUAUCCAGUACAUUAUUGGAAAUCGAAAAGAUGAACUCGCUAAGAGAAGCUGUAUCUUCCACGCCAGCGGCUCCAUAGGCAGCAUGUUCUCUGGCUAUUUGAUGACAGCUGUCUAUCGACUUAACGGCACCGGCGGUUACCGUGGCUGGCAAUGGCUUUUUAUCAUCAAUACCACGAUAUCGCUACCUAUUGCCAUGGCUGGAUUCUUCUUCUUCCCCGAUGUGCCGGAGAUAACUCGCGCCUGGUGGCUGACCAAAGAGGAGAUAGUACUAGCGAACAAGCGCAUGCAGCUUGAAGGACGAGCCAACAGAGGGAAGUAUACAAAAGCCACGUUCAAGAAAAUAUUCACCUCGUGGCACAUCUAUAUGCUUGUCCUGCUUUACAUCUUCUUCAACAACGGAGUGGGCUACGGUGGCCAGCCAGCUUUCUCUAUCUGGCUGAAAAAGGAAGGAUAUAGCAUCGCCGCCAUCAACUCGUAUCCUACGAUUGCUUCAGCCAUUGCUGUGAUAUUCACUUAUAUCUACGCCUGGACAUCCGAUUCCCUGUUCAAGGGUGCUCGAUGGCCGCCUAUGAUAUUCUCCGGGCUUGUGAAUAUUAUCAUCAACACGAGUCUUGCCGUAUGGAAUAUCCCUACGGGCUGGAAAUGGUUCUGUUACAUUGUAGGUAUGAUCGGGGGAGGAAUCAGCGGGUUGACAUUCGCGUGGGCCCACGAAAUCUGCGGUGACAAUAACGAGGAGAGAGCUUUCGUGGUGGGAGCUAUGAACGAGAUGGCCUACGUGGUUCAGGCGUGGCUGCCACUGAUUAUUUGGCAGCAGGUUGACGGGCCCCGGUAUCAGAAAGGGUUUAUUACCAUGGUCUUCUUUGGCGCUGGGCUUAUUGCCACUGCUCUCACGAUACGGGUGCUACAUCACCGAGAACGAGCUAAAAAGGCGCAGCUGGCAAAUACAGGAACUGCUUAG